UUUCCAUCUGACGAGGGCUGGCCAUUCGCCAAGUACUUGGGAGCAUGUGGAAGGAUGGUGGCUGUCAAUUAUGUUGGAGAAGAGCUGUGGAGUUACUUUAAUGCACCAUGGGAGAAACGAGUGGAUCUGGCCUGGCAACUGAUGGAAAUAGCUGAGCAGCUGACAAAUAAUGACUUUGAAUUUGCACUCUACCUCCUUGAUGUCAGCUUUGACAACUUUGCAGUUGGACCAAGAGAUGGGAAAGUUAUCAUUGUAGAUGCAGAAAACGUUCUGGUAGCAGACAAAAGGUUAAUCAGACAAAAUAAACCUGAAAACUGGGACGUGUGGUAUGAAAGCAAGUUUGAUGACUGUGAUAAAGAAGCUUGUCUGUCCUUCUCAAAGGAGAUUCUUUGUGCUCGUGUCACUGUGGACCACAAUUACUAUGCCGUUUGUCAGAACCUUUUAUCCAGACACGCCACGUGGCGUGGCACUUCGGGGGGGCUCCUGCACGACCCCCCAGCUGAAAUUGCCAAAGAGGGGCGCCUGGAGGCCCUGCUGGACGAGUGUGCCAACCCAAAGAAGCGCUACGGCCGAUUCCAGGCCGCCAAGGAACUGCGGGAAUACCUUGCACAGCUCAGUAACAACGUCAGGUAGUCCACAGCGAAACUUUUUUGCAGCACUGGCUAAAACACUCUUGCGAAGACACACAGAAAAUGAAGUUUUGGACUUGCGUGUUCAAAAGAGAGAAUAAAAGAGCCCCUAGUUUAUCAGUUUCCUAAAUACUGUAAAAACAGAAUUUUAUGGUGUUAUAAUGUUCCUUUGCAAACAGACAAGGUACUUACUGAAUUAAAACUUGAGCUACUAUUGACUGGUCUCCCUAACUGUUUAAAAGGGAGUAGGUCACAAAAGACUGUGAUAGCUUAAUUGACAGCUUGUGUGUCAAAGGGUACUUUACAUAAAACUGCAUUAGUGUCACAGUUUUGUGAAGCUGAUGUUCUUACUUGGAAAGUCAAGUUAGACUGGUGGCCUGUUUUAAAGGCCUUUUUCCUGAAAUCAUUGUCUCAUUUUUGUGUUUGUUUAAACACCUCGAAGUGGCAUUUACAUCCAGGUAAAUCUAGCUUCUGCAUUCUUUCAAACUGAACAGGCUUUCAUGUUAAUGCUGUGCAGAACAUUCCUACUGUGAGUGCAGAAUUCCCAAGUUUACUGUCUAAUUUUAGGGGGUUUUACACUGUAUUUUACUAUACUUAGACAUUGUGGUUUAUUUCUUUAAAAUCAUCAUAAACUCAAAUGUCACUUGAACUAAUAUUCAUUUAAUGUCUUUUGUAGUUCUGCCAUUGGAAGUAUCACUUAAUGUAACUGUUGUACAAAACUUUCCCUUCAUGCCAGGAUAUACACAACUGUUUAGCAGGAAAUCAUGGUAUGAGCUGACUCUUGUUUUUAACAGAGAUAAUUUGAGAGUGGGAGAAACACUACAAUAAAAAGAUCUGUAUUAAUUUAAAUUGGGAUAGAAGCUUGACUAAAAAUAAAAAUUCACUAGUCUGGUGUAGUUAAGCAUAAACCAAAGAAAAUGGUUUUAUUGGUUUCUAAACAAAUAGUAAAGAAAAAAAUGCUAUAUUGUAGUGAAGUUAAUAAUUUUUCAAAAUUCAGAUUUUGGAGGUCCUUGGUUACUCUCUGAAGAACUUCUAAAACUGUGCACUUACACUAGAAGAAAACUCUAAUCUUAAUAAUUAUGUCAAGAAAGUUAGCAG